CUCGCCGUCCACAUUUACAGAGGACACCGACACUCAGUCUGCCACCGACAUUCUCUCUCUCUCGAGCUCGGGUAACAAAACAAGCGGAGCAACACUGGGAGAGACUCCCACAUUAUUCCCUCCGGACUCGUUCUUCUCCCGGACGUCAGCUCGCGCCCGGAGCUCCCCCGGGAUAUACAAGUUAUUGUAACAGUCGUUACAACCAGAGACCGUGGAAGAUGGGUUCAGUCCCGGCGAUAUCCGUCCUGAUUUUGGCCGUUGUGGUCCCCGCGCUGGCUGGCUACAUCGAGGCGCUAGCAGCCAAUGCAGGCACAGGGUUUGCCGUGGCGGAGCCACAGGUGGCAAUGUUCUGCGGAAAGCUGAACAUGCACGUCAACAUUCAGACCGGCCGGUGGGUACCCGACCCAUCUGGAACCGAGAGCUGCGUCGGAACCAAAGAGGGCGUGCUGCAGUACUGCCAGGAGAUGUAUCCCGAGCUGCAAAUCACAAACGUGGUGGAAGCCAACCAGCCAAUUCGAAUUGAGAACUGGUGCAAGAAGAAGGAGAAGAAGGUGUGCAAAGGGCACGCCCACAUUGUGGUGCCUUACAAAUGCUUAGUGGGCGAGUUCGUGAGUGACGUGCUUCUGGUUCCAGAGAAGUGCAAGUUCUUCCACAAGGAGCGUAUGGACAUGUGCGUCAGCCAUCAGCAGUGGCACGGUGUGGCCAAAGAGGCCUGUGCCAGGAGCUCCACGGUGCUGCACAGCUACGGCAUGCUGCUGCCCUGCGACAUUGACAAGUUCCACGGCACCGAGUACGUGUGCUGCCCCUCCUCUCGCGCCGGGGAGUCCCCCAAACCUUCCCUGCCCUCCCACGAGGACGACGACGAAGAGGAGGAGAUCGAGGAUGAGGAGAUUGACGUGAUUGACGAGACCGACCUGGAGGACGAGGAUGCCGUCGAGGACAGUGAGACACCGGCUGAUGAGGAGCCCACACAAAAAGAAGAGCCAUUGGACGACUACGAAGACGAGGAAGAUGAGGAUGAGUACCACUAUGUCUAUGAGGACGAGGAGGCAGAUAAGGAGGACGAGUACGAGAAGAAAGAGAGCAGCAAAAUGUCAGAGAGCCAAGAUGAGGACCUGCAGGAAGUGAAAGCGGUGUGCACCCUGGAGGCUGAGACCGGCCCCUGCCGUGCCGCCAUGCGCCGCUGGCACUUCGACAUGAGCCAGAGGAAGUGUGUUCGCUUCAUAUACGGGGGCUGUGCCGGCAACCGCAACAAUUUCGAAUCAGAGGAGAACUGCAUGGGAAUAUGCAGGCGCCUGACCAUGCCACCGACUCCUCAGCCCACCGACGAUGUCGACAUCUACUUUGAGACGCCAGCCGACGACAAGGAGCACAGCCGCUUCCAGAGGGCCAAGGAGCAGCUGGAGAUCAGGCACCGCAACCGCAUGGAGAGGGUAAGAAAAGAGUGGGAAGAAGCUGAUCGCCAGGCCAAUAACUUGCCCAAGGCUGAGAGGCAGACAUUGAUUCAGCACUUCCAAGCCAUGGUGGAGUCCCUGGAGGAGGAGGCAGCCAGCGAGAAGCAGCAGCUGGUGGAGACUCACCUCGCCCGGGUGGAGGCCAUGCUGAAUGAUCGGCGCCGUCUGGCCCUGGAGAAUUACCUGGCUGCCCUGCAGGCCGACCCCCCCAGGCCCCACCGCAUCCUGCAAGCCCUCAGAAGGUACGUCCGCGCAGAGAACAAAGACCGCCAACACACCAUCCGCCACUACCAGCACGUCCUGGCUGUGGAUCCUGAGAAGGCUGCUCAGAUGAAGUCGCAGGUGAUGACCCACCUGCGUGUGAUUGAGGAGAGGAUGAACCAGAGUCUAUCUCUGCUCUACAAAGUACCGUAUGUGGCCGAGGAGAUUCAGGAUGAAAUCGACGAGUUACUCCAGGAGCAGAAAGCUGACAUGGACCAGUUCCUGUCGUCUAUCUCCGAGUCACAGCCAGACGUCACCGUGUCAUCAGAGGAGAGCGUGGAAGUCACUGGUCCCGAGGGGAAACCCUACCGGCCCUUCCAGGUCACAUCCUUGGGGUCCCGUUUAGAGCCAGAGGGCGAUCUAUCAGACUCCCCACGUGCCUUCAAGAAAGGCUCUGCCAUGUCUGGUUUAGACGGCCUGAUUGGUGCUGAGGAGAGAAUCAUCAACAGCAAACCCAAAAUCAGCAACAAUGUGGUGAUUGAUGAGUCUCUGGAUGUUAAAGAAGUGGUUUACAGUGCAGAGAGAGUCAGCGUUAUGCGUGAUGAUGAGCUGGAGUCCUACCGCCCCCUGGGAGAGGACUUCAGCUUCGGCAGCAGUGCACUGAUUGGCUUGCUGGUGAUCGCGGUGGCUAUAGCAACUGUUAUUGUGAUCAGUCUGGUGCUUCUGAGGAAGAGGCAAUAUGGCACCAUCAGUCAUGGCAUCGUGGAGGUUGACCCCAUGCUAACGCCAGAGGAACGCCACCUCAGCAAAAUGCAGAACCACGGCUAUGAAAACCCCACCUACAAAUACCUGGAGCAGAUGCAGAUCUAACCAGAACCCACAGAGGGCGCUGUGCAGUCGUACAGAGGACAACAACGAGGGGGAAUAUACUACUGACCAAUAACACAUGCUAUUGUUAAAAUCAUUUGCAUACAUCCAAACUCCAUUUACUGGUUUGUUCAAAACAAUCCUUAAAUAAUGCUACUACUUCUACUACUGCUACUAUUGUACUAUAGAGCUCUUUUUGAUCAUGUUUCUUUUGAGAAGGUGAUGGAUGUAUCUGCCAUUUUGCAUUAUGGUAAAUGUGAUUCUGCAGAUUUCUUUGUAAUGAUCAAUACAGCUAUCUCAGAUCAAGGUGUAUAACAUUUCUUCAGACGUUUUCUUUAUUUUUUAAAGUGAAAGGCAAAUUAAGCAAAAUGUAAAUGUUUUUGAGUGGCCAUCAUCAAACCAGCAUACCAGACGCUACACUUUAGUUUCAUGCCAGUGUCAUUCAUGCAGUUUCUGAUGGUUUCCUCAAAAAUAAUUGGUGUUUUAUUUUGUUCUUCUUCCUCUCAAUAGAUUGCUUGUAUAUGAAGGUUCUUUGUACCGAUUAAAAUGUAUAGUGAAACAACAAAUGAGAAAAAAAAUGAAAUCAUGAAUUAUUUACUUUCUGUUCUUUGUUAUGAUAAAAAAAAAACUAAAUAUACAUAUACAGUUCAUAUAUAUAUAUAUAUACUAGAUAUAAGAAUAGAUGUUUUUAUUCCGCCUUUUUCCCCCAGGAAAGAGGUGAUGGGUUUAGGGUUCUUAGCUUAGUGGUCAUGACUCGUGUUUGCAGGAACACUGUUAGCCAGAGUCGGUGAAGCUGUGCACAGACCCCCAGCUCGGACACAUCACACAAAACCUACUCUGACCCCUUACUAAGUGAAGGUGAUAAUAUAUCCCCUCCUACACACAAACACAACCUUUUAUCAAUAAAUAUAUAUAUAUCGAUAGAUUAACUAAUACCUAUUGAUGUGUUGCAUAGUUGAGUUUAGCUUGGAAGCUGUUUUUCAUACUUUGUGUCUGACAGGCUCCUCUAUGGCUUUGAUUUGGAAUACAGUGUCACAAACUCUCUGAUAUGCUACAAGCAAGUAGUUUUUGGGUUUUGUUUUUUCCUGCACAAAUUAUCUCAAGCAAAAUCCAUGUAGCAGAAAAAACUGCUUUGAAAUCUAUUUUGGGGAUAAUGUGCACAAACUGUUGGCUUUGCUGGUCAUGAAGCGUAGAACAGUCUGAUGGAUCAAAACAGGGCCGGCACAGGGGCACUAACAACUUAAACAGUCACCCCAAAUUAAGUCGAACUGUUCACAAGGUUGUAGAUUUAGGGGUGCUAUGAAUAAUUAGCAAAUAACAACAGAUGCCAAACAAUGAAUGGUAGUUUUUUUUCUAAACCUGAAUAUAUCAUAAAUAAUUAUGAUGGGCACUAAACACCUUUUUGAAAGGACUUGGGGCACCUGGAACAAAUCUGGAUAUAUGCCAACUGAAGGCAACUUUGAGCUGGAGGGCUGUGCAGGCAGACAGACACGUAGAAAGACAAAGCUUGGAGAGCUGGUUUCUGCAACAAAAAAAGCUGACUCCUCUUUCUCUCUCUCUUAAUAUUGUCUUUGAAUGCCUGUAUAGUUGAUGUUGCAAUCAUGGCUUUUUUUCCAGAGGAUUACCUGUGGUGUGCAUUGUUCUUAUAUGAAAUGAUAUGAUAUAUAUAUUUUUUUGUGUUCUUGUUUCCUAUUGUUUCCUCUUCCUGUGACAGUAUCUCUGUAUGUGGCUGUCUCACUAUGCACCCAAACGGCUUCAAUCUUGUAACCGCCUGCUUGAUUGUGGGAAGGGACUGGGAACUAAUAUAAUAUGCAUAUUAGUUAUUUCCCCCCGAAAAGAGAUUGACACCAACAGAAACAGAUUUAUGGUUACAGGGGGGAUACACAUCAAUAAACUCACAACUUCCA